AUGCCAAAACUCGAAAUCCAAAGCAUCGAUUUUUCCAAAAAUAAGGAAAAUGAAAAUGAGGUUUCCGAAAGUAGGAAGAAUGUGGUGAUGGUGAAACAAUUUGAAGAGGAGAAUAUAACAAUUCACGUCUUUAAUAUUAUUGCAACCGGCAUCAAGGAAGAUAUCGGAAUGAUAAUCCAAUCAACGGAAUUCGAAUGGGAGUACCAUCAUGAUCCAUCUGUGAACUUAACAGGAAUCCUGUGUAACAAUAUUUCCAAAUUCUACAAUAUCAAAAACCCAUUGAAAUUGUUUUCCGCCAGACGAGAGCUCAACAAUUUAGAUUUCGAUCAUUCUCCAAACAUUUUAUCAAAACCGGAGAAAGUGUACAUUCCGAUGGAAAGCGUUUCGACGGAAGAGCUGGAUAUGAUAUUCUCGAAAUGUCAGAAUGUGCAAUUCUUGUUAACUCGGGUUGAGAUACCAGAUGAAUACGACAAUUAUGGAAUCUGGAAUGCCAAACAAAUGUACUUGAGAUACGCACCUCCGAAGAUAGAAGGACUUCUGAAUAUGAAUUACGAGAGACUUAUUUGCCGCCGUUCGAAACUCAAAACCUCAGAUUUGAACUUAUUUCUGAAGAAGUGGCUUCAAUCUACUGAGAAAGAGGAUAACAAAUAUAAAAUACACGAGAUAAAAUUAUCGAGGAUUGAGAACGAUUCGAACAUUUUCGAAGACCUUCCAGUCAUCCCAUGGAAUCCUCGCCAGAGAGGUCAAUUCUUCCAUUUCCGAAAUCCUUAUUUCAGCGCUGCCAUUGAUUGUUCUCGAGAUUUCGAUUUGUUGAGAGACGAUGGAAUGCUGGCAACUGUCACUUAUAUAAGAACUCCGGAAUCAUAUGAUAAAUUCUAUUUUUACGUCUGGCGUGAGCGAUUUCCUGUUAUUCCGAAUGAUGCACUUUUCCGCCCUGCUAUAAUUUUUUAA